UUAUGGAGUAGUAGUACCUUCAUCACAAGUUCAAAGUGCAUCACCGCCUAUUCAUCUUGGUGAGGCUCGUCCGUUAGAGGGUCCUACCGACGUGGUCGACAUCAUUGGACAUAUGAUGCAAGCUGUAUAUCGUCCAGAAAUGGUAGAAUACUUCAUGCAUAGGCUUGAGUUGACGUCGGAUAAUGUUCUAUUGAGGCAAUUCGUUAAUCAAGGAGGAUUGCGCAUAAUGAAAUUAUAUAUAAAUGAUCAAACGACGACCGAUAACAUGGCACAGAUUUUAUCUGUUCUCGAAAAAAUACCGUUUCCGUACAAAGACCCAAUAAUCGAGUCUGAAAUCGAAUUGAACAUGCACAAUUUCAAGACUCACGAUGAGGAAUUGCUAAGUAACAUGAAAAAGAUACAAAAAAUUUGGGGCGACCUUCCGUGCAAGCACUACCAUAAUAAUGUCAGUAUUAGCACCAAACCACUGAUAACUUCGGUCGUCUCGGAACAAGAUGUGCAGGCAAUUAAGAAAAUUUUUGAUCCUGAUGAUAGCAAAGGCCCUUCUUCAAAGAAAAGAAGUAAAAUGAAGGGAACCAAAUCAUCAUCGCAUCAUCAUAGUGUAAAAAAUGGAAACUCGGAGAAAAUUUCCACAACCGAGUCAUCUCCGAAUAAGAAUACUGAAAAAACUACACCUUCACAGCAUGUCGAUGCGGUGGCGAAUGAAAGUGUUGAGUCAACGGGUGAAUUGCCUGCACGUCCCACCGUUCCUGAUAACACGACGUCUGGAAAUUCACCGGUCGCUUCCUUAGAUAAACAACAAUUUCGCGACGAGUUUACUUUAAUUGUUGUUGAGCAAUGCGAGCCAUAUAAAAACCUUAUGGAAGAGUCGACCUUUAACAAACAUAAAGAACGGUGCAUUAAUAUUCUAUAUGACAAAGAGUUGCGUUUCUUUGAUAAAGAAAUGCAACGAAAAGAUUCGCGGUCAGACAUUGGACAUUAUAUGAAUAGUAUUCGAAACCGAGUCUCAAAGUUUUUGGAUGAGUAUAUGAACAAAUUGGUUGAAUCCAUAAAGAAGUCAAGAAAGGAGAAGGAAUCUGCAAGAGGUAGCACGAGUGUCAAGAGAGAACACGAUAGCGAAGGGAACG